CCUCUCUACCAUUUCCCUUCUGAAAUGAACUUGUCCCUUAUACAAUGUGUUUAACCUAAAAAAUGACCUCCUUGUUAUAACAUUUUAAAACCCUUUUCCGCUCCAGGAUUAGGAUAAUUUGAGUUUAGGAAUAUCAAAUACAGUAUGUCUGAAACUAGUUCAGAAGAAAUGGAUAAUGUAGGUUGGGUAUUUUAUAGUGAAAGAGAGGAAUGGAAAGAUGUCAAGCCUAUUCUUCAGGAAGAGGGCUCACAGCCAAUCGUUGCUAUCGCUUACUCAGCCAAAUUUAAGGAUGUUUAUGAUUAUCUUCGAGCAUGUUUAUAUAAUAAUGAGUUUUCUGAGAGAACUCUAGAAUUAACUAAGGAUGCCCUUAUCCUCAACGCUGCAAAUUAUACUGUUUGGCAAUACAGGAGGAUGAUAUUACAACACCUGGAUAAGAAUCACCUGGAAAAAGAACUAUUGUUCUCCAAGUCAAUGAUAGUUGAUCACCAGAAGAAUUAUCAAGUAUGGCACCAUAGAAUGGUUAUUAUUCAAUGGCUUAAUGAUGCCGGAAAUGAACUAAAUUUCGUAUCUCAGAUGUUGAGUGAAGAUCCAAAAAAUUAUCAUGCUUGGCAAUAUAGACAGUGGAUUCUUAGCACGUUUAAGUUGUAUGACAAUGAACUUCAGUAUACUUCCCAACUUUUAGAAGAUGAUAUAAGAAAUAAUUCUGCAUGGAAUCACAGAUAUUUCAUUAUCAAUCAUACGACUGAUUUUGCUGAAUCUGCUGUCUUAAAAGAAAUCUCGUUCACACUCAAUGCUAUUGAAAAGGCUACAAAAAAUGAAAGUCCCUGGAACUAUCUACGUGGGCUGCUAAUUCAUACAAGUAAUGGUAUACUUGAUCCACAAGUUAUACAAUUCUGUGAAAAACAUUACUCUCAAGGUAAUAGAUCUCCUCAUCUUUUAGCAUAUCUAAUAGACGUAGCCUAUGAAAAAGGAGAAUCGCACCCUCAUAAACCAGAAACAGGAGAGUUAUUAAAUCGAGCUAUAAGGAUGUGUAAUGAUUUGAUCACUACUCAUGAUAAAAUUCGCCAAAACUACUGGAAAUACAUUUCUUAUAUGUUGGAAGAUAAAUUAAGGAAUAAUAAACUUAUAAAGUGUGAUAGCAACAUUGUUUUAGAAAUAUAAUUAUGUCAUUUUAAAUUAUUUAUUUUAAUUAUUCUGUUAACCAUGUAUCAACUCAGUUCUUAUUAGCAUUUUGUCUGACUAAAAAGAAAUUGUUGAGUAUAAUUUUACUCCUAUAACUUCAUACUAACAUAUAUUAAAUGAAAAACUUGUCACAUUUUUAAAUUCCUCUAACUCACUAAUCAAUACAAGUUAUGAACUGCUAUUCAAGCUAUUUCAAAUCGUGAAAAGAAGUAUCUUCUAGUGAAUUUGUCUUUUUAGAAAGUUGAAGAUGAUGCCUGUUUUUUAAUCAAUAGAAAUGACCAAAAGCUAUAAUAAUAAUAAUAAUAAAUUUUUUAUCUGUUUAUG